ACCGUGUCACCCGCCCGGGCCCUUCCCAGCGCCCUACGUCACUCCCGGCCGUUGACUUGACCUAGUUCGGUCACCAUGGAGACCGACGGUUAGGACGCGGCUUAAUGACGUCGUUCGCGCGAAGUCACGUGACGCGAGGUGCUGAUGUGACAGCGGCAGGCUGCCUGCGCCCUCUGUUUACAUGUCCACACGGUAACCGGCCGGGCUGCAAGAGCGCUGAGUGAGGCCGUACAGGAUGGCGUUGCACAUCUGGCAGUAUCUGUACAGCAACUACUUCCGAUUUUGUGUGAAAUGGAUUUUGAGACAAAUCAGUGGAAAAUGUGAAUUACAACGAGUUUGCGAUGGAUAUAAAGAUGGAGCCCAAAGAACGCAUGGUAUAGAAUACUCUUUGGAACAUUCAAAAAGCAAAGUUCUGCAAAAAGCAGUAAAUGUUUUUGAAGAGGAAGUGGACACGUAUGUAGCUGAUCUAGUUAAAGAAAAGAAGAUUAAUGUAGAAAAGGAUAAAAGGUUUCAGAUUAGCCUGAGAAUAUGUUUGUUACAGAUAUCUGGUUAUAAGAAGCUUUAUUUGGAGGUGGAAGACAUGCGAAAGCAAUGCUAUGACUGUAAUAAUCCUGAACAUGAGCAGCAGCUACUGGAGCUAUGGAGUUUGCUGAUGCCACAUGAAAAAUUGAAGUCUAGAUUUACCAAGCAAUGGGGGGACAUUGGAUUUCAGGGCGAAGAUCCUAAAACAGAUUUUCGUGGCAUGGGAAUGCUAGGAUUAGCAAAUCUACUUUAUUUCAGUCAACAUUAUGCAGAAGAAUCACGUUUAAUCCUAUCUCAUUCAAAUCAUCCAAAAAUUGGAUAUUCAUAUGCUAUAGUUGGAAUCAACCUGACUGAGAUGGCAUAUAGCUUGCUGAAGAGUGGAGCUCUGAAGUCACAUUUCUAUAACACCGUUCCAGGAGUCCCUAGGAUAAAGUGCUUCCAUCAGUUUUAUUGCUACUUGGUUUAUGAGUUUGACAAGUUCUGGUUUAAAGAAGAGCCUGAGAGUAUUAUGUAUUUCAACCAAUACCGAGAGAAGUUUCAUGAUCAGAUCAAGCAUCUACUCCUUAAUCCUGAUGUUGUGCUGACUCUUUAACACCUAAUGUUCUAUAUGUAUACCGAAAUUAAAUCAUUUUAUUAUGAGGGUACUAUACUUUAUUUAAUGACCCACACAAAUCCUGUAUUAAGUGAGUAUUUUACUCCAAUGCUGUAUUUUAUUUGGGUAAACUACUGUUUCAGUCCCAUGGCAUUUCUAAUAUAACAUCAAAAGGAACAGGGGGUUAUUAUACCAAUUUAUAUGAUGACAUCAUUGGCAUGUUGACGGCCCUGUAUGUGUUAAAUUGAAUUGUAUUACUUGGUACCUAAAUCUUGGCACAUGUAUUGUUCACAUUUUUUUCACAGACCAAUCUAACUGGGUUUAUUUUUAUGGAAUGGGGACAGCAGUGUUUGCUGAAAAAAUAUAAUUAUGUUGCUGUUGGUAAUUUUCAACUAAAAGUAUACAAUCAUGCAAAUUUCAGGACCCAGCAAAGAGCUUUACAGGCACCAUCUUGUUUCUUUCUAAGGAGCAGGGGAGAUGGAACCAGAACCAAAGUGAAUUAAACACAUGCAUCCCUCAAGUAAUCUUGCAAUUGCUACGGCCACUAUCUUUAUUUUAUUUUUAAGGACACUUCCAGUAAAACCCUGGGACUAAACUGCACUCACUAUGUUUUAUUAUGGUACUGAUGAGAGCGUAGACCAUCCUUUAAAAAA